AUGUGGCCCCUGGACCCAUCCCGGAAAGAGGUCCUGGGGUUUGCAGUCAGCUGCCGUGUCCUGACUCUGGUGCUGCAGGCUCUCUUCAAUGCCAUCAUCCCAGACCAUCGUGCAGAAGCCUUCUCUCCUCCUCGGCUCGCCCCCUCUGGCUCUGUGGACCAACUUGUGGAAGGUCUUCUGGGUGGCCUAUCUCACUGGGAUGCUGAACACUUCCUGUUCAUUGCUGAGCAUGGCUACCUGUAUGAGCACAACUUUGCCUUCUUCCCUGGUUUCCCCCUGGUCCUGUUGGUGGGAACUGAAUUGAUGAGACCCCUGUGGGGGUUACUGAACCUACGGAGUUGCCUGCUCAUCUCAGUAGCACUGCUCAAUUCCUUGUUUUCCGCGCUGGCUGCACUUGCACUUCACGACCUGGGCUGUUUGGUUUUGCACUGUCCCCGCCAGGCCUUUUAUGGAGCACUGCUCUUCUGCCUCAGCCCCGCCAAUGUCUUCCUGACUGCUGGUUACUCAGAAGCCUUAUUUGCUCUCCUGACAUUCAGCGCCAUGGGGCAGCUGGAAAGGGGCCAAAGCUGGACUAGUGGACUCUUUUUUGCCCUUGCCACUGGUGUACGCUCCAAUGGGCUAGUCAACAUUGGCUUCCUCGUACAUUCUCAGUGCCAAGACUUUUUCUCAUCUCUCAUGGUGCAGAAUGCUCUGAGACAGCUCUUGAAGCUGAUGGGUUCUGUGUUCCUGUCAGUGUUCACACUCGGCCUUCCCUUUGCCCUCUUUCAGUAUUACGCCUAUACCCGGUUCUGUCUGCCAGGCUCAGCCUACCCCAUUCCUCAGCCCUUGCUGCAAUUAGCUAUAGACCAGGGCUACCGAACUGCAGAGGGAAACAAGCCGCCUUGGUGCUCCUGGGAACUUCCCCUAAUAUACAGCUACAUCCAGGAUGUCUAUUGGAAUGUCGGCUUUUUGAGAUACUAUGAACUCAAGCAGGUGCCCAAUUUUCUACUGGCUUCACCAAUGGCUGUAUUGGUUGCCUGGGCAACUUGGACAUACGCGACCACCCACCCUUGGCUCUUCCUUACACUUGGGAUGCAAAGGAGCAAGAACAAAAAGACCCCAGAGAAGCCUGAACCUGGAUUCCUCAGUCCUCGGGUGUUUGUGUACCUGGUCCACGCUGCAGCGCUGCUGCUGUUUGGCAGUCUGUGCAUGCAUGUUCAGGUUCUCACCAGGUUUUUAUGCUCCUCCAGCCCUAUUGUGUACUGGUUUUCAGCUCACUUGCUUCUGGAUCAAGAACCGCUGCUAAGAUCCCUAGAGACUGUGCCUGGGAAGCCUCCUGCAGGGGACCCCCCACCAGGACAAAAGGUCCCCAGAAACUCUAUCAUGGGACUCUUGUACAACUGGAAAACUUGUUCUCUGGUCACACGAUGCAUUUUAGGCUACUUCGUGACUUACUGGCUCUUGGGACUACUCCUCCAUUGCAACUGGCUGCCUUGGACAUAA